GCAAGCUUGCAGAGCUUCCUUGACGACGAAAUCCUUAACCUGCUCUUCUUGUGCUUGGACGGAGCCUCCUUUCCGCUUGAGACGCGCGAGCGGGCCUGCCUGCUGCUCUGCUACCUCGCCAACUCAUUCGAGAAGGUUAAAGCUGCUUUUUCCCAUGGGGGAUCGGCACUUUGGCAAUCGCUGCUGUCCACUCUGAAGGACUGGGCGUUCCAUCCUUGCAUGCUCCAGUUUUGA